CUUGUUAUUUUGGAAAGAAUGAUAUACAUCCAAACGCCCAAAGUCAAAGGUUCUGAAAAAAGCAUCCAUGAGAUAUCCGAAACAGGUGAAGGAAGUAGUCGUCUCAUUAGCAGGCGGUUAUCCCAAUCUCCCCAUCUACUUACCCUUUUUAUCACAAUCACAAUCUAGAUCGUAUGAAGAUUCCAUUACCCGAUUAUGUCCCAACCCGAUGUCUCAUACAGUUGCGGUUCGUGUGGAUAUCCUUUGAAUCUAGCAUCUUCAAAUCGUAUAGCAUCUGAAAUAGGCUCCAAGUAUCGCAAAUCCAUUAGAAAAGGUUCUAUAUCUUUUGAAUCCAUUGAUCUUAGUCGAUUCACUCAAUUAGACGAGGUAUCUUGUUUUCCUAGUUGUUUGAACCGCCAUGGCUCAAAAACAAAGUUAUUAUGUCGCCAAUGUGGUGUUCAUAUAGGAUAUGGAUAUGGAGAUGCAAAUGCAAAUGCUCUAAAUGGUAUUGAAUCAUCUUCCAUAUCUAACUCGUAUUAUAAGCAGAUUGUGAUAAAAAUUCGAGCUUUACAACCUUUAGAUACUGCUGGCUAGCUAUGUAGAAAUGGCAAGUGAUGAAGUUAAUCACUCUUUCAUUAUGCACCUUCCUGAUGAUUGUUUACGUUCCAUCUUUGAAAAAUUCGAUUCCAGCACUGAUCGAGAAUCUUUUGGCCUAACUUGUCACCGCUUGCUUUAUAUUCAAGACUCAAGGCGUAGAUCGUUGGAAUUUGGAUGUUCAUUCUCUCGUGUAAACCACAAGUUGUCUAAAACCACAGUCGACAUUGAUUCCCUCAUUCUUGAUAAGUUGAUUAGACGUUUUCAGCAAUUAGAGUCUUUAUCCUUAUGUGGGUGCGUAAAUCUUCUAGAUUCCGGUUUAAGUCGAUUGCAAAAUCAUGGGUCGAAACUGCAUUCUCUCUAUCUCGAUUGUUGUUUCAAAGUUACUGAUGCAGGACUUUCCUCGGUUGCUAUUGGUUGUCCAUCUUUGUCGUUUAUUAGUCUUUAUCGCUGUUCCAUCACCGAUAACGGAUUAGAACUCUUGGCUAAAUCGUGUUUAUCUCUAAAAGACUUUAAUCUUGAGUGGUGUUCCCUAAUAACCGAUAGCGGCAUUUCCGCUAUUUCAAACAAUUGUCGUGAGCUUCGAGCAAUCAAGAUAUCUCAUUGUGACAAAAUUAAAGGAGUCGGGUUUGACGGGUGUUCUCAAACCUUGGCCUGUUUGGAAGCCGAAUCAUGCAAGCUUGAACCAGAAGGCGUGAUGCAGAUUCUAAGCGGAGGUGGACUCGAGUAUCUGAAUGUUUCUUCUCUCGGUUGGUGCAUACGGGGUGACGGUUUACGAGCAAUCGGUGGUGGGCUUGGUUCGAAUCUUAGAAUCCUUAACUUUCGCUUAUGCAGAAGUAUUUGCGAUGAAACGAUAAUGGAGAUCUCAAAAGGGUGUCCUUUGCUUCAAGAGUGGAAUUUAUCGUUAUGUACUGAGAUUGGGGUCGUUGGAUGGGAAUCGAUCGGGAUUCAUUGUCGUAACCUCGAGAAGCUUCAUGUGAACGGUUGUCGAAGCCUUUGUGAUCAAGGGUUGCUCGCCUUACAGAACGGUUGCAAACGUCUAUCGACAGUAUACAUCUCGAGAUGCCGACAAGUGAGUUCAUUGGCAAUUACGUUAUUCAAGAUUGCUAGAUGGGAUGUGGAAAUCAAACUUGAAGAAGUUAUGUAUAUUAUGCCUAAUCGUUUCUUUAGAUGAUAAUUUUAUAAAGGCAUCUAUUUUAUUCACUUUUAUGUCAUUUGGAAGCCUAGUUGCUUCAUUUUUAACAGUAGGUGUCUAGGUGAGUUUACGUGCAUCUCGACUAAUCUUAGGAACCCUGAAGAAGAGUCGGUAAAGUCAAUCAAAUUUGUAUGAAUUCAUAUUUACCAUAAAGAUUGUACUUUUUUUCAAUUAAUGUAAUAAACGUAGUUUAUAUUUGUUUUA